AAGAAUGUAUAUUACCCCCCAUGGACCCGUGUGGGGCCUUUUUUCAUUGGUUUGCUCUUGGGAUAUACAUUACACGUCACCGGCUCAAAAUACAAGAUACGAAAGAUGUUUGCAGCGCUGGGGUGGCUGGUGGCAGCUGCAGCAGGUUUGACUUGUGUUUAUGUCAUGUUCGACAACGUGAAAAACUUUUACCAGACCUUCCAAGGCGCCUGGAACAUGGACCAGUACACGGCCUACGAGACACUCAGCAGACCCGUCUGGGCAUGCGCAGUAGCCUGGGUCAUCUUCGCCUGCUGCUCGGGCUCAGGAGGUUUUGUGAACACCUUUCUGUCGUGGAGUGGUUGGACGCCGCUGUCACGACUAACCUACGGCGUCUACCUAUUUCACCUGAUCACAUUUUUCGUCCUCCUGGCAAACAGAAUCACACCAUUUCACGCGUCUACCUGGACUAUGACGGAUAUGACAGUCUCUGUGACUGUACUAACCUUCAUGGUCUCCUUUGUCUUCUCGCUGCUUGUGGAGUCUCCUACUCUUGGACUGGAGAAGUUACUCCUGGGCAGCUCCAGGGGCAAGAAAAGUCACUGAAAAUAUACAAAUAUACCAAUAGUAUCUAUUGCAAUUCGUAUACGACAAUGCAAUGUAUAAAGCAAUAUCAAAAUCAAAAGGUCAUAAUAACUGUGCUAGAAGAAUCAUCUUUAUCUACGGUGGAUAUAAAUGUACUCGCAUCUGUCGCGGAAGAAUUGUUAGUUUUGAUCGCUACUGAUUAAGUUACAGCUAAUUCCCUCCCCAUUGACAUUUUUUACGAUUAAAGCAUAUAUUUCUGAUAAUUAAUGAUAUGAUUUUUAAAUCAUGGAACUUAAACUGACAAAUAAUGGUGAAUGUGAUAUAAUGUGAUACGCAAUAUUUUAAAGUAUAAUAAUAUACAUCUUUUGCUGUUAUUCAUUAUUUGUUUUGCAGUUCU